GGAAGCAAACGAACCGUAUUUCGACUUCGACCUCCCGCUUCUGGAAUAUCGCACUUCUUUCGCUCCGAGAACUCUCUGGAAAGUCUCCCAUGGCGUAUGUUGAACGAGGCGUUGUGAAACCCAAGAGAUCAAUAUGGCGUCUCAAAACCAUAACUGAUUUCUUUUGGGCCAUUGUAAACGUCAUCGGUGUGUUUUUUACCACCUUGUUCUCGAUGGAAAAAUCAGAAGCUUAUAGAAACGGAUCUGGUUCUGGCAAGAAAUGGGAUGGUGGUGGCCCUGGAGGUCCCGGGUCGGGGCCAUAUGGUGGUCGUCCUCGCGGUCCACCUCGCGGUCUAGAUAAUGUUCGAGGGAUAGACCAUAAUUCGUUGCCUGCCUGUGGCUCGUGCUGUGGCUAAGAUUUGGCUGCUUCGAUGGUGCAUUUACAAAAUGCUGCGUGAAGAAAAUGUUUUUGCAAUUUAAAAUUGUGGAAUGUGAUGUAAAUGUUGAUCGAAUGUUAUCUACAAAUAUAUAUUGGUUGCAUUCUAUGCUAUUUGGAAAACUUAAUUCCCUAAAUCAUCAUUAAGGUUCCCACUUUAA